AUUGGCCCACUUCUCAGUCAUGCUUAUUUUCGACUUCUUACCUUCUUUCUUUAUCCGAAGGAGUCGAUUUAUAAUUGCUCUCCUUCACUGCGCUCGAAGAAUCGGGAACCAUUUGAACAGCGGCGAAGAGCAAUGGGCAGCAACCACAAUCAUCCGGCGCCGGCGGCGCAGAUUCCGACCAGCUUCGGUCACGAGCUAAGGGCAUGUCUCCGAUGCCGGCUUGUCAAGACUUACGACCAGUUCAGGGAGUCUGGUUGCGAGAACUGCCCCUUUUUCAAGAUGGAGGAAGAUCAUGAGCACGUUGUCGACUGCACCACCCCCAAUUUCAAUGGUAUAAUUUCUGUUAUGGAUCCUGCAAGAAGCUGGGCGGCUCGAUGGUUGAGAAUUGGUAUAUUCAGUCUCUUUGCUCUUCGAUUCCACAAUAACAUUUGAGUGGGUCUAAUUAUGCUGUUUGUGCUUUGUAUUGUUAUUCUUGAGCACAUUCGGGCUAUCCAAUCUCUGUUGGUGCUCAGUCGGUUGAUUAUACACCCACUGCGUGUCAUGAAAUUGUUGAUGGAUAUGUGAUCUGUGUAGUGUCAUUUUUGUCAAGCAUGGUUGUUUCUUUCACUUCUUUUGGAUGUUCGUCUGCAUUCUUGUGGAGUUCAGGUUUGAUAUAUUCCCCCGGAUGGUUCAUUUUGCUUACAUACAUUACCAUUAAACUGCUUCCAGGAAAAUUCGUCCCUGGCUGUUAUACCCUU